AUGGCUGCUGAUUCGCCUACUAGAGCUUCUACAGGCCGCUUUUAUGUCAAGAGAGCAGUCGUACCUUUUGAGGAAGAUCUUCAUCACGAGUUUAAGGGUCACCGUUGUCUAGCGGUGGAGGAAUUGGCUCCUUUCAGCUUUCACGAUUAUGACCGGAAGAAGAGGAGCAAAAGAGCGGCAUCGAGAGCUAUCAAUAGCUUCCUGAACAGUGGACAAGGUGGAACUGUUUACUUGGGAGUAUCAGAUGAUGGAAGUGUGAUUGGAUUGCCAAUGACUCAAUAUCAGAAAGAUCACGUUGUAAUAAGCUUGAAAGAUCUGCUUGAGAAGCGAUACAGACCAACUGUUGCUUCUGAUCAAUACCAGCUUGACUUCAUUCCGGUUCUGCCUCCAGGAGUACAUUCCUUUGAUGAAGUGUCCCGAAGUCAUCCUGCCUUGUCAUUUGAUGUUGAAUUAAGACGCAGACCUCAUCAACUUCGAACUCAUUUUCCAUGCUGGUGUGACAAAGACUUAAGGGCUAUUUUUCACAAUGGACACAUAUGUCCAGAGUAUCUUAUUCAAAUCCACAUUAAGCCGUUUGAGAGCUCUGUUGAGCAGCUGUUUCCAUCAGAUGAUACAUGUAGUAGUGAUGAUGAUGAUGAUGGCAACGACGACAGCUUGGACACUAUACUGAAACUGCAACUACCGAAUGUGUAUGAAGAUGAAGAGGGUCGAUCCUACUUUCGAUUACAAGCUAGCUCUUUAGAGUAUUCUCUUGAAGAUAUCAGGAUGAUGGUCAGCAGCAAGGCUAAAGAUUAUUAUCAACCAAUAGUUCGUAGAUGGGAGAGACAACUUUCUCGCUUAAAAAAAGAAGUUUCGGAAGCAGGUCUAGAAACGUAGAAGUGUUUGUUGACUGCUACAUGGUUGCAACGUGCAACUUGUCCCAUUUUGUUUUCCAACUUUAUAAGUUUGUUUUAUAACACAAUUUCUAGCGCAGACAGCCUAACAUAAAGUCACUGACAAUUAAUAUGUAUAUAUAUAUAUAUACGUAAAUUUGUAUAAUAAAUAUAACCAGUCACAG